GCAGCGGCCCGGGGGUCCCGGGAGGGUCCCGAGGGAGUUUUAGGGGGACCCCGGGGGCGUCCCGGCGCCUCCGAGGCGUCUCCGUGAGCACCGAAUUCCCCCCGCGCCCUCCUCUGCGCCGCGCCACGGCGCUACCCGGAGCGCGCCUCGCUUGACGGCGUUGUUGCACGACAGCCUGAGGGGCGUGCGGCGCGCUUUACGGCAGCGCGGCGGGGGCAGCGCGGCCGGGGGGGAUUUUGGGGGGUCCCGGGGGGGGUUUUGGGGGGUCCCGGAGGGUCCCGGGGGGGGCCGGGGGCCGGUGCCCCCCCCGAGGAUGCCGCUGGCCGUGCAGUGGCCGUUCCCCGCGGAGCCGUCGCGGCGCUGGGCCCUGGCGAGCCGCGUGGUCACGGGCCUGGUGGGCACCUACAGCUGCGUGUGGACCCGGUACCUGAACCGGCUGCGGGUUCACAACGCCGAGGUGCUGCACGAGCUGGUGGAGAGGAGGGGGCCCGGGACCCCCCUGCUGACCCUGUCCAACCACGCCUCCUGCAUGGACGACCCCCACCUCUGGGGGUCCCUGAAGCUGCGACACGUCUGGAACCUGCCCAGGAUGCGCUGGACCCCCACGGCCGCUGACAUUUGCUUCACGCGGGAGCUGCACGCGCUGUUCUUCAGCCUGGGGCGCUGCGUGCCCGUCUGCCGCGGGGACGGCGUUUACCAGCGGGGGAUGGAUUUUAUACUGGAGAAACUCAACCAGGGAGACUGGGUGCACGUGUUCCCCGAGGGUAAAGUGAACCUGGGCCAGGAGGUCGCUCGCUUCAAGUGGGGCAUCGGGCGGCUCCUGGCCGAGUGUCGCCGGGACCCCGUGAUCCUCCCGCUGUGGCACGGGGGGAUGAGCGAUGUCCUCCCAACCAGGCCCUACGUGCCCCGGGUGGGGCAGCACAUCACGGUGGUCGUGGGGCGCCCCUUCAGCGCCCGGCCCCUCCUGGAGCGGCUGCGCAGCGAGGGGACCCCCACGGUGGAGCUCCGCAAGGCCCUGACCGAUUUUGUCCAGCGGGAAUUCGAGGCUCUGCGGGGCCACGCCCGGACCCCUGCACCCCACCCCGUAACUGGGGACCCCCUGCCCCACAACUGGGGGGUCCCACCCCAAAACUGGGGGGUUCCACCCCAUAAUUUGGGGUUCCACCCCAAAACUCUGGGUUGUGCCCCAUAGCAAGACCCUCCUGCCUCAUAAAGGGGGAUUUUACCCCAAAAUUGGGGGUCUUGCCCCAAAACUGGGGGUCGUGCCCCACAGCAGGGGGUCCCUGGUGGAGUCCCUGCCCCAUAGGGGGGGUCCUGCCCCCCCUCUGAGCCCCCCAAGUGUGCACGGUGCCAAUAAAAGGUGGAACCUC